AAGUACCUUUUCUCUCUCCGCGAUCUAGACCCAGCACCUGAGAGGAGCCUUGAAUGGGGGACGUGGGUGGGUGGGGGCCAGGACAGGAGGUGCGCGCGACCCCGGAGGGGGUGCAGCAGACAGGGCUGGUCCCCAGAAGGCUGCGGCCUCGGGAAGGGGCGGGCGGGGGUGUCCGGGGAGUAGCGUCAAGUCGGAGUCGAUUGAGCACCAGGCCCGGAGGGUCCGAGCCCGGAGCGGAGCCUGCACCCUCCGCCACCCGCUCUUUUGGGAAGUAUCAGAACUGAGCGAGGAGCUGCUGCCGCUCAACCCGUGUCUUCCAGCCACUUCCCUCUUUGCUGCCCCUCCCCACAGGCUCCCCCUCUCUACCUCCUGGGGACCAUCAUGAAUGGUGCCCCUUCCCAGGAGGAUGGGGCUUCCCCCUCCCCUCCACCGCUGCCACCACCCCCUCCCCCAAGUUGGCGGGAGUUCUGCGAGUCUCAUGCCCGGGCUGCCGCCCUGGAUUUUGCCCGCCGUUUCCGCCUCUACCUGGCCUCCCACCCCCAGUAUGCAGGGCCUGGGGCUGAGGCCGCCUUCUCCCGCCGUUUUGCUGAGCUCUUCCUGCAGCAUUUUGAAGCUGAGGUGGCCCGUGCCUCUGGCUCCCUCUCACCACCCAUCUUGGCUCCCCUGAGCCCUGGAGUGGAGAUCCCACCACAUGACCUGCCCCUGGACAGCUGCAGGGUGGGCGGGCCCCUGGCUGUGCUGGGCCCUUCUCUAUCAUCUGAGGACCUGGCCUGCCCCAUCCCUUCCUCAGUCUCUUCCUCUUCUGCGGCAUCUUCGAAGCCGAAGCUAAAGAAACGCUUCUCCCUCCGCUCAGUGGGCCGCUCCGUCCGAGGUUCAGUCCGUGGCAUCCUACAGUGGCGGGGAACCGUUGACCCUCCCUCCCCGGCUGGGGCCCUGGAGACCUCAUCGGGCCCCCCAGUCUUAGGUGGAAACAGCAACUCCAACUCCUCUGGUGGGGCUGGGACCAUUGGUAGGGGACUGACUAGUGAUGGCACGUCCCCUGGGGAAAGAUGGACUCACCGUUUUGAGAGGCUGAGACUGAGUCGGGGAGGGGGGACCUUGAAGGAUGGUGCAGGGAUGGUGCAGAGGGAAGAGCUGCUGAGUUUCAUGGGGGCUGAAGAAGCAGCCCCUGACCCAGCUGGAGUGGGCCGGGGAGGAGGGGCAGCCGGGCCAACCUCAGGGGGAGGAGGGCAACCUCAGUGGCAGAAGUGUCGCUUACUGCUGCGAAGCGAAGGAGAAGGAGGAGGAGGAAGCCGCCUGGAGUUCUUUGUACCACCCAAGGCAUCUCGGCCCCGACUCAGCAUUCCCUGCUCUACUAUCACGGAUGUCCGGACAACCACAGCCCUGGAGAUGCCUGACCGGGAGAACACGUUCGUGGUUAAGGUGGAAGGCCCCUCAGAGUAUAUCCUGGAGACAACUGAUGCUCUACAUGUGAAGGCCUGGGUGUCUGACAUCCAGGAAUGCCUGAGCCCAGGACCCUGCCCUGCUACCAGUCCCCGGCCCAUGACCCUCCCUCUGGUCCCUGGAACCUCAUUCCUUACAAGGGAGAACCCAGACAGCCUGGAGCUGCCCUGCCUGAAUCACUCAGAGAGCCUGCCCAGCCAGGAUCUGCCACUGGGACCCAGCGAGAGCAACGACCGCCUGUCACAGGGGGCGUAUGGGGGCCUCUCAGACCGCCCCUCGGCAUCCAUCUCCCCCAGUUCUGCCUCCAUUGCCGCCUCCCAUUUUGACUCAAUGGAACUGCUCCCCCCAGAGUUGCCCCCCCGCAUCCCCAUCGAAGAGGGACCCCCACCAGGGACAGUUCAUCCCCUCUCAGCCCCUUACCCUCCCCUGGACACUCCGGAAACGGCCACAGGGUCAUUCCUGUUCCAGGGGGAGUCAGAGGGAGGUGAGGGGGACCAGCCCCUCUCAGGAUAUCCUUGGUUCCAUGGGAUGCUCUCUCGACUCAAGGCUGCCCAGUUAGUGUUAGCAGGAGGUACUGGCUCCCAUGGCGUGUUCCUGGUACGACAGAGUGAGACGAGGCGGGGUGAAUACGUCCUCACUUUCAAUUUCCAAGGCAAGGCCAAGCACCUACGUUUGUCGCUGAACGAGGAGGGUCAGUGCCGGGUCCAGCACCUGUGGUUCCAGUCCAUUUUCGAUAUGCUCGAGCAUUUCCAGGUGCACCCCAUCCCUCUGGAGUCUGGAGGCUCCAGUGACGUUGUCCUUGUCAGCUAUGUCGUAUCCUCCCAGCGGCAGCAGGGCCGGGAGCAGGCCGGGAGCCAUGCAGGGGUGUGCGAGGGAGAUCGAUGCCACCCCGAUGCCUCCUCCACCCUCAUGCCCUUCGGAGCGAGUGACUGUGUAAUCGAACACCUCCCAUGACCCACCCCAGCCCUCUGAACCCCCUUCAUGGACAGAUCCCCCAUAUCCUGGGGCAGAAGAGGCGUCGGGGGCGCCAGAAGGGGCGGCAGCAACAGCCACAGCAGCCAAAGAGAGGCAAGAGAAAGAGAAAGCGGGCAGUGGA